UUUUUUUUUUUAUAUAUUCAAAAAACAAAAACUCUCCCAUUCCUUAUCAAUAAGAAAAUGAAAUUCAACGCUUUGAUUGCUGCCUGUAUUUUAGCCUUUGUCGCUGUUGGUCAAUGUGAAGAAAGCCAUUUUGCUAUGGCUGAACGUGGUCUUGACAAUGCUGCUCAUAAUGCUACUCAUCAUAAAUCUGGUAAACAUCACCCCACUGGUCAUGGUAAGCGUGAUGCUACUGCUGCUAGUGUCAAUCAUGCCUCUCCUACUCCUCAUCACAAAGGUGACAAGAAGCAUCAUGGUUCUGGAAAGAAACAUCACACCUCUGCUGUUAGUGGUAGUCAUGGUAAGCGUGACGUUGUCGCUGAUGCCGCUAGUGUUCACCAUGCCUCUCCUACUCCUCAUCACAAAGGUGGCAAGAAACAUCACAAGGGUGGCAAGCAACAUCCUCCCACUCCCUCUCAUUAAUAUGAGUUGUACUAUCUUUCUUUGAUAAACGAUAUAUUAUAUAAAUGAAUUGAAAUAAACUUUUCUUUUUUUUGUACACUAUAAUAUUUGUUUUGAUAAAAAGAGAAAUGAUUUUUAUUUUUAUUUUUAUUUUUAUUUUUUUUUUCAA